UCGCAUUAUUUUAAAAUAUCGACAAUUGUUUAACCAAAGCAAUGGCUUAUGAAUGGAAAAAUAAAGUUGUACUUAUAACAGGAGCAUCUGGCGGCAUCGGUGCUCUGAUAGUUAGAAAAUUAGUAGAGUUUGAAAAUGUCAAGAAUGUGACAAUCUUUGAUGUAGAUGAUGAAGGUAAAAACCUAGAGAAGGAGCUCAAUACAAAAUUUGGAAGUAAUAAAGUUACCUUUUUUAAAUGUGAUAUCACCAAAGAUGACGAGUUAAAUGCUGGAUUCAAGAUGAUCUUAGAUCGGUUUGGAUAUCUGGACGUGCUUGUAAAUAAUGCUGGUAUUAUGAACGAUAGCUAUGAGGCAUACAAGAAAAUGGUUGAAGUUAAUGUGACUGCCCUGUACACUUGCACAUUAAAAGCAUUGGAAGUGAUGCGCAAAGACGAGGGUGGUCGUGGAGGUACCAUUAUCAACACAGCUUCAAUAGUCAGUCUAUAUCAACUGUCUGCUACUCCAAUGUACGCCGGUACCAAAAGUGCAGUGUUACAAUUCACUCUUUGUCUAAGUCUGGAUGAGUACUAUUUAAGGACAGGCGUCCGAUUGAUAGCAAUCUGUUACGGCGCUACUACCACUUCUUUGCUGUUGGUACAAAAACUUGGGAGCUUUGAUAAAAGGAUACAUAACAACAUACAAAAUGUUUUGUUAGACGGCCUAUAUUUACAAAAACCUGAAAAUGCAGCCACUGCAUUGAUUGAUACAUACAAAAAUGGCCAAAAUGGCAGCACUUGGCUGUCUGUGAACGACAAACCAGCGAAGAAUAUCACUGACCAAGUUACAAAAGCGUACAAAAUUCUCUCUGACACCAUAGCCUAUAAAUGCCGCAGCUAUGUCAAGACGACAAUGGUAUACGAAUGGAAAGACAAAGUUGUGCUUAUAACUGGAGCAUCUAGAGGGAUCGGUGCUUUGAUUGUCAGAAAACUUGUCGAGUAUGAAAAAGUUAAGAACGUCACUAUCUUCGAUGUGAACGAGGAAGGAGUAGCUCUUGAAAAAGAGCUUAAUUCAAAAUUCGGAAAUGGAAAAGUGAUCUUUUUCAAAUGUGAUAUCACCAAAGAUGAUGAAUUGGAUGCAGGCUUUAAGAUGAUCAUAGAUCGCUUUGGAUAUAUAGACGUGAUUCUCAAUAACGCUGGCAUAUUAAACGAUGGUUACAAGACGUAUAAGAAAAUGAUUGAAGUAAAUGUGACUGCUUUAUGUACAUGCACAUUGAAAGGCCUGGAGCUGAUGAGGAAAGACCAAGGAGGUCGAGGUGGCACCAUUAUAAACACGGGUUCUAUCGCCAGUCUGAUUCAACACCCAUUGGCUCCCAUCUAUUGCAGUACUAAAAGUGCAGUAUUACAGUUUACUUUAUGUCUCAGUCUAGACGAUUUCUAUUCUAGGACAGGAGUACGUCUAAUGACAAUUUGUUACGGUGCCACUGACACGGCGAUGAUGUCCGCUCAAAAUAUAGAACACUUCGACAAAGAUAUUGAGAGCCGUAAGAAUGAGUUAAUAAAUGGACUGUAUGUACAGAAACCAGAAAACGCAGCUACUGGUUUAAUUGAUGCAUUCAAAAAUGGUGAAAAUGGAAGCACCUGGUUGUCUCACAAUGACAAACCUGUUAAAAACAUAACAGAAGAAGUUUCAAAAGCGUACAAGAUCCUCGGUGAAACGACUGCGUGACACUGCAAUAAAAUUUUACAAUUUCUUAAAAAAAUUA